AUGGUUUUUGCUCGGCGUGGAGGCAAAUAUAACAAAAUUGAAAAAGUAUUUAAAAAAGGUGAAACUAAACCGGAUGGAACAGUAGUCUCGGCCGAUGCCGGAGAAACGAUUAAACUUAAAGUUAAUGAGAUUGAAAACUUACUAAAUGAAAGAGAUGAAUUAAUUACUGAUUUAACUACUAAACAAACUAUUUUAAAAGUUAAAAGCGGUUAUCUCCGACCCUUUGCAGAAAUAAGUUUGCAACAUGAUAAAUUGGAACCGACAAUUGCUGAAUAUAAAACCAACUUAACUACCGGAAAAAAUUAUACCAACCAGUAUAAUAAUAAUUACACUAAGCAAAAGUUCACCCCACCUUAUACGGGUGCUACUCCGCAAGAAUAUACUAAUCUUUAUGAUAUAAACCUUUAUAGUGGUGGAGGUCAUCAACAAAAACGAGUAAAGAUGAUCGAAUCAGAACUGAUUAAGUUGAUUACCCUUACUUUAAAGGAGUAUGAAAAAAUUGACACUACUACCGCGGGGGAAACUUUUAAUGAUUAUCUAACUACUAAAAAACCAAGCGGAGUAACCGUUGCUUACGAAACCGGAGAUAAUGCCACCAAAGUAAACGGCUGA